UCCGCUCACGCGAUUCGGAGCCAGUCAUCGGUAUAAAAUAAUCCCUCUUUUUCGUGCGAUCGAGUUUCCUGCACGUUCUGAAACGACCUGGUGACACCCGGCCUCCGCCGCGUCGCAGGGUGCAGUGCAAAAAGGACCCCCCUCCGCCGCUCAGGAAGGAAAUAUCUUGUUUUCACCAAAAACGCGCGGGGAAUUAGGAUUCGAACUGCAGUUUGCGACGGAGAGAUGCACCUGGACAAUACUUGGCGGAUUAUUAACUUCGUAACUUUCUAAAUAACGGCGGUUUCCUAAUAUCAACUGAAAAUGUCGGACGUUGAAGGCGAUGACGAGUUCCAAGAUGCUCAGGAAUCAUUACCACAACUCGCGUCUAUGGAUCUGGAUACGGCGAUAAUGGAGGCGAAAAAGGCGAUUUACUGUUUCUUCAACAACGACUUCGACGAGGCGAAAAAAAUCUUGGAGCCAUGGGCGGACAGCAGCAUGUACCAUUCUCUGGGGGCUAGCGUAUUCGCGUACAUGGAGGCGAUUCUUACGUUCGAACAAAAGCACAUCGAGAAGGCGUCGAAGAUGUUGAAGCAGUGUAUGAGCGUGUGUUCCAAACACCGGAAGCACACCACUAUUACGCAGAACAUCGGGAAAAUGGUGAAGAAGAUCAAUUACGAUGCUUACACGAACGAGGAAGUGCAUGCGGAACUCUGUUAUGCCGAGUCGCUCCUCUUAAAAUCGAUGCUCACGUUUGUGGAGGAUGAAACUCUGGUCAGCUUUGUCAAGGCAGGACUGAAAAUUCGUACCUGUUUUCUGUCGUACAAGGAAUGCAUGACGAUCUUGAAAAACCGGAAGUGGGGAAACGACAUUCACAAAGUGCAUUUCGAGAGUGGCGUUCGCAUGGGUAUCGGCACGUUCAAUUUGAUGAUCUCAUUGUUACCAGCACGUGUUAUUAAAUUGUUAGAGUUUAUCGGGUUCUCCGGCGAUAAGGAAUACGGUCUAACGGAAUUGAAAGCGGGCUACGACGAGACGAGAGGUUUACGACAAGUCCUAUGCGUGAUGACUCUGCUCGCCUACAAUUUGAUAGUCACCUUCGUACUGAGCCACUCGGACGGCGACCUGGACUGGUGCGAGCAGGUGCUGGAGCAGGAGCUGAGCAUCUAUCCGAACGGCGUGUGGUUCCUGUUCUUCAAGGGUAGGCUGGAACUCACGCGCGGCAACUUCGAGGAGUGCAUAGACUGGUACAUAAAGUCGUGGAAGAGCCAGAACGUUUGGCCGCAGUUCCAUCAUCUCUGCUACUGGGAACUGAUGUGGACGCACUGCUCGAUGCAGCAGUGGAGCCAGGCGGUAACGUACGCGACGAUGCUGGCGAACGAGUCCAACUGGUCGCGCACCAUCUACCUGUACCAGAAGGCCGCGAUCCUGCUUAUGCAGAAACCGACGAUCUGGAGCGACGAGAAACAGCUGAUCGACACUCUGAUGAUGCAGGCGCCGACCUUCAAGCAGCGCAUCGCCGGCAAGUCACUGCCGAUGGAGAAAUUCGUGGUCAAGAGGACCGAGCGUUACUUUGCGCAAAAGAAGAACCUAGUCGUGCCUGUGUUCGAGCUCAUGUACGUGUGGAAUCUGUUUAGGAUAAUAGGCAAGCGGCAAGAUCUGAUGUUGAGUAUAUUCAAGAGAAUAGAGGAGGAGGAGAGGGAACUCCAAACGGCGUCGAAAAAUGAAUAUCACGCCGACAACGAAGCGCUUCUGCUGCUGCUGAAGGGCGCCUGCCUACGGCAAAUGCAGCAUCCUUUACUGGCGGAGGAAUGCCUGCGGCGCGUUCUACAGCUGGAAAAGUCUGUCAAAGAGGACACGUACUUAUUCCCCUAUGCUACCGUGGAGUUGGCGUUACUGGCACAAGAUCAGGGCGACAUUCAGCUGGCGAUAGGCUUUCUGGAAGACGCCAAAAAAAACUACACGGGCUACUUACUGGAGUCUAGACUGCAUUUCAGAAUACAUUCGGAUCUGAUGAUACUGACCGACAAGAAGGCCAACAAUCACACGUUGAAGAAACACGCGAACGCUCAUCAUCGGUUGGAAACAGCUAUCGCUGCCAAUAAUAGCGUCAUUAUCGCGGGUCCAAGUGCCGACGAGAUUAAGACAUAGAAGCGUCGGUAAAAGCAUAUCGGAGAUCUACUUAUAUUCUUGCGUAAGGUUCUUUUGUACCUUCCUAAAACAAUUCAUAUACAUAAUGUAUGUAUGACGAGGACUCUUUUCGCGAAAACGAACCGGGCGAUCGUUUUAUAUAAAAAAAAACUUCUCUCUAACAUUAAACAUGGCCUUGCGCGUAACUUUUGUCCGGCAUCGGUAGAGUCCGAGGAUGUCACCGGAUCCACUCUCUCCGGAAGGUUGGGCACAUUUUUUUUUAGCGCUUGAUAUUAUAAUGUAUAAAUUAAUUUCUUCCAUGAGAAGAACGGCGAGAUAGUAAUA